AUGCAUCGCAAUUUGCCACAAAAUAAAGAAGCCUUGCUCAAAUCCUACACAACUCGAUUAAAGGACGAUGUUAAAAGUAUGCUAGAAAAUUUUGAAGAAAUUAUCAAAUUGGCUAAAGGUGACAAUGAAUCCCAACUCAACAGGAUGACACAGAUUGAACAAGAUACAUUUGAAAUGCAAGUGAGAGCAGCAAAUAUUGUUAGAGCUGGAGAAUCUCUUAUGAAACUUGUAUCAGAUAUCAAGCAAUAUCUAAUUCUUAAUGAUUUCCCAUCUGUCAACGAAGCUAUAACACAGAACUCAAAAUUGUUUCGAACAAAACAACAGGAGUGCGACCAGAAAUUAAUGUCACUUAGAGAUGAUAUUGCUGCUGAUUUAUAUGAUUUGGAAGAUGAAUAUUUUACCAGCAUUUAUAAAUAA